UCUGCUUGAGAUUUUUCAGAAGAUUUUAAGUUAUACAUGUAGUUAGUUAUAGAUGUAGGCAUACACUUGUCUUUUAUCAUUAUUGACGCCAUAGUUAAACAGUGAAUAAAAGAAAAAAACAGAUAGCCAGAAAAAAAAUAAUCAAGAGUUUAUUUCUGACUGGAGUUAUAGCCUAGCCUACAGUUUGUGAUUUUAUGAUCCCGGGUUGCAUCAUGCAUCUUUUCAGAAAAUCUGAGCAACUGUGGAGUGGAAAGGUGUCUCUUCUCAAAAGAUCACGGUCUCCUCGUCACCAGUGCAAUGGCGCAGGAUAUAUGCAUAUUUCUAUUUUCUUUGACCGCGUUCGCCGUCCUCUAUAUAAUGAACAAUGUCCCCGCGUUUCAGGAGCCAAUGGUGGUCCUGGAGAUAGGAGUGGGAGUGCUUAUAGCUGUGUUCUUCUUGGUGUACCUGGCUACCCGCCUCAACCCACCAAAAGAUGUUUUCUUCUAUGUGUUUGCUGAGUUUUCCUUCACGUGCAUCAUUGACCUGGUGAGUGCCAUGGAGUACGAUGGCUUCGCCUCAGGAUUCAUGGAGUUUUACCAAAAGACGGGGGAGCCAUACCUCGGCACCAGCUAUGCUAUUAUGAUGUGCUACUGGGAUGGCAUUGCACACUUCCUCAUGUAUCUGGUCAUGGUGCGACGCAUGUCCAAGAAAAAGCCAUACCGCAACCUGGGGCUAUUUUGGGCAGGCUCUUUGGUGGGCAACAUGGUCGUGUUUGUGGCUGGCAUUGUCGUAGGUAAAUAUGGCUUGGAGCUCCGGCCUGCCUUUUGGCUCAACAUGCCCUUCCUCUUAGUACCUAUGUGGGGGGCAGUGUCCUUCUUCAGAAGGCCAAGGGAUCCUACUGCCAUUACGCUGGCUAAGAUAGAGAGAAAGCACAAAGUAUCCCUGCUGUGGCGGCCCCUAGACAUGCUACUAGUCAUUGGUCUGUGUGCGGCUAUGGCCUUCACCCUCUUCAGGGGUCUGGUUGUUCUCGGCUGCCCACUGGAGGUAUUCACUUCCUACACAACCUUAUAUGAGCCAUAUCUGAAUGAUCCAGUCGCAUACCCCAAAGUGAUGAUGCUGUGUUUCCUGUUCUACGCGCUGCCACUGCUGGGGUCCUUUGUGUACGGGCUCUGGACACCUGGGUGCACCUGGAUGCUGGACUGGACGGUGUUCGUCGCUGGAGCAAUGACCCAGUGCCAGUGGUCCCAUAUUGGGGCCUCGCUUCACCCUCGCACCGCCGACAUGUACCACAUCCCUCCGUCAUCCCUGGUCCCGGUGCUCCUGGCCAACGUGAUGUACGCCGCGGUGCCUCUGCUGCUGGCCAAGCGCUGCACCAGCAACCCCGCCUUCUUCAUGUCCGCCACGGCACUCACACAGUCCAACAAUGAGAAAAAAGUCAAUUAAACUUGAAUUGAAGUGUG